AGCGCUUUUUGGAGUCACCUCAUCUCCCUUUCUUCUUGGGGGAGUUAUUGAGGCACACCUUUGCAAUUGGGAGGAAAAAGAGCCGGAAGUAGUGAAAAAGAUUCGCAAAGAGCUUUACGUCGAUGACUUGAUCUCGGGAGCAAUCACAGUGUGCAAGGCCAGAGAAGUCAAAGACAAAGCAACUGGUAUCUUUCAAAAUGCAUGCUUUACACUCCACAAAUGGCACUCCAAUGCGCCUGAACUAGAAGCGGCUCAGUCUUCAGCGGAGGAUAUAGAAGAAGAGACUUAUGCAAAGCAACAGUUAGGCUCCCCACAAGGAACCAUAUCAAGCAUUCUCGGUCUACCGUGGAACAAGGAGCGGGACACAGUUAACGUACAAGUCCCAUCUGAAGAAGCGAAGUUGACGAAACGAGGAAUCUUAGCUAAACUAGCAAAAAUCUAUGAUCCCCUGGGACUCAACUCACCAGAGACACUUCGUGGUAAGCUCAUCUAUCGAGCUGUUUGUGAUUCAAAGAUAGCCUGGGAUGCAGAACUAUCAGGUGACAUAGCGAAGUCCUGGGUGAAGUGGGAGAGCGGUUUGCCACAAAGCUUUGAAGUACCGAGACCGCUUACCGUUCAUCGACAGGAGAUUGAAAGGAUUGAGCUACAUUCCUUUGGAGAUGCCAGCACAAAGGAAGUUGCAGCCUGCGUUUAUGCUGUCGUUCGUCAGGCGUCCGGAACCAAUCAAGGCCUAAUUGCUGCAAAGUCAAGACUCUCCAAGCAAGGCCUGACUAUCCCGCGGCUAGAACUCGUAGCAGGUCAUAAGGCCGUGAAUUUGAUAACCAAC